AUGUUCAUACGAUUCUCAGAACACAGGAGUGUGGAGAAAUUUCUGCAAUCACUGCAGGAUCUAGCUUAUGAGCGGUCAGCUAGAAGGCAGGAUAUUGGAUCAGCAAUGAGGUUUGUUGCAAGAAAUACUUUCAAGCAUAGUCGUGGCAUUCUUACCAGAAAAGUAGCAGUAUUUAUUACUAAUGGACCAUCUGAAGACAAGUCAGCAAUCGUGACCGCAGCUCUCGAGUUCAGUGCCUUGAACAUCACCCCAGUUGUCAUUUCUUUUGCUGAUGUCCCUGACAUACAGCUUGCCUUCCAGGUUGAUGAUACAAGAACGUUUCGAGUAGCCUCAUUGUCAGAACAGCAGCGACAAGUCCAGGAGCAGUUACGCACAAUCCGAUUAUGCACCUUCUGUUUCGAUAUGUGUCAACCAAGGGCCCAAUGUCAACGCAAUAUGUCCCCACCUCCAAUCUCAAUCAGCAUGGACAUGGCUUUUGUUGUUGAUGGUUCACACAAUAUGAAAACAAUGGACUUUGAAAGAAUUAAGUAUUUCCUCACUUCAAUGCUGGAUAUGUUUGUGAUUUCAAGAAGACCAGACAUCAGUGAUAAUUAUGCCAGGGUGGCAAUGGUACAACACUCACCAGCAGAUUACGUCCCUGGUACUGGUCGAAAGCCAGUCAAUCUGGAAUUUGGGUUUUUGAAGUAUAACAGCAAAAAUAUAAUGAAGAAGUACAUUAAAGAAUCAUUUAAUAAGUUAGAUGGACCCUCUAGGGUUGGCCAUGCUAUUGAAUGGACCAUGAAUAAUGUUUUUAGCAGCAACCCAGUUGCACGCCGUCAUAAAGUGAUCUUUGUAAUACUUGCGGGAGGAACAAGUGCUCUUGGCAUGGAAAAGCUAAGCAUAGUGUCUAAGGAAGCAAGGUGCAAAGGUUUUGUGGUCUUUACAGUUUUCCUUGGGAAGGAAAUUGGUGGAGUCAACCUGGAUACAACUGUUAGUUUUCCUUUUAACCAACACUUUAUUCACCUUGGUGGGCUGCUCGAUUCUGAAAUGAAUUACGCCAAAGGUUUCACUCGGGCCUUCCUGAAAAGUCUCACACUUGAAAUCAAUGAUUACCCUUCUCCACAAUUAAAGGAGGAAUGCGAUGCUUUACCUGAAAGUACAAGAUGAGUGAUCCCUCGACAAUGAUAUGUGAAGAUGCUAGGACUAUGACUUAAAGGACUAUGACUUUGACAAUGGUCUGCAAGUUUGGCAACAAUUCUGGUAUGGCGGAUGUGAAGGAAAUAAACAUCAAUUCAAUACCCUUGUAAAGAAAUCUGCCUCAAAUUACACUAGAAAAUGUUGUAGAAUUAUGUGCAGUGAAAUUAUCAACAAUAUAGAAAAUCUGCAGAUGCUGGAAAUCCAAGCAACACACACAAAAUGUUGGAGGAAUUCAGCAGGCCAGGCAGCAUAUAUGGAAAAGAGUGCAGUUGACAUUUGAGACUGAGACCCUUCAUCAGGACUGAGCGGUCUCGACUGUUUACUGCUUUCCAUAGAUGAUGCCUUGCUUGCUGAAUUCUUCCAGCAUUGUGUGUGAUGUGCAAUGAUACAAUUGUUUCAGAAUCUGUAUACUUGAGGGCUCAGUAUUCUUAUCCUAUGAAUUAGUCAGAAAAUAUCAACUUUGACUUGGGCCAUGGUUGUAUGUGAACCUGGACUGUGGUGGAAGAGAGCAAUGUCAGCUACAGACUAAAAUGAUCAUCCUUUUUGCUGGAAUUUUCUGCUUGAGCAAGUAAAUAAGAGUAAAUGGCUGUGAUGCCCAUUGUAAUUGAAUAGCUCUCAGCCAUUCAGUGUUGAGACUCAUUCAUUUGCAAUAACUCUUGUAGUACAAGGAGUGCAAGGCUUCAAGAGGAACAGAAUUCAUUAUACAGGGAAAUUGACAUAGAAGAGAUAAACAAGCAUUAAGUAUAAAGAUGUGAAUUGUAUUAUUUUAUCUGCACAAAUUAGAAGUUAGCUUUUUAAAAAAAUAACAUGCACCUGUUUCCAAAGUGCGAGACCAAUAUCACUGCAGAGUAAAUGUUGAAACUUGUAAAUAUAUACUGCUCAUAACUUGAAUCUACCUUAGACCUUAACGAGUCCUUAGUGUGCUAGAUUCUGUGUCAGGGCAUGGAAAAGCUCCGUUAGUACCCAGGAUAACUUCAUUUCAUUAACACGGCUUUGUCGUAUCAUGUAGCGAACUCCUUUAUGCGCAGCAAAUGUUUAUACUCAGAAUUUGUUCAUGCAUGUGUUCCAUCU